CCUCAGAUUCAGCGAGCUGCCAAAGCAUCUCUUUUCUGAAACAUAUAAAAUGUUACCAAUUUUUCCAAUUCUUGGCCAAGUUUUGGCAGCAAUUGCGCUUUGGCCUGUGUUCGCCUUUAUUACGGUGAUUAACGAACUCCUUCGUUUACUCGUCUCCUUGGCGCUGCUCUUUUCCAGAGUAUCAUUGGACCCGGAUGGCUUCGACAAUAUCUUUUAUAUCCAACACUUGAGUAACCGAGUAGUCGUUGCAGCUCUUUAUUCCAAUCAAUGCUUAACCUCGGCCGAUUUGGGGCACGAUUAUGACAAAUUUCGCGAAUGCAUCUUUAACAAACGAGACGCCAAAGGAGGCUUAGUUUACGGGAAACUACGCCGCACCGCUGUUACCCGGUUUGGGUAUGGAUGCCACCGCAAUGAUGCCGAACAUUUUCAACUGGCGAAUCACGUAAAAUUCUAUUCGGAAACGACCCCUAGAAAUGGCGACUUUUUUACGGAGGACGAAUUUUCUUCAAUAAUCUGCCUUCAAAUUAUUGGGAUUGGGUAUGGUGAAAACUUUACGGUCAGUGGGCUAAGUCAAUGCCUCGAACAAGAUGAGCUGGAAGAACUUUUAGAUGAUUUAGUUUGCCCGUUACAGACUGAUGAGUAAAUAAAUUAUAACUCUACAAUAUUAGUUAAAGUAUUCAUUGAUAUUUUUAGUGAAUUUGUUAAUACAUAUGCUGUACAUAAAUGAU